AUGGAAAUAAUUGAAGAUGCCCUUGCAACAGGUGGCGAACCAAACAUUUCAGAUGCCUUCACAAUCAAUGGACAGCCCGGACAUUUGUAUAGUUGCUCUAACGUGAGAAAGCAAUGGGGUGAAUUUCUAACUGGGGUUGACAUGAAGGAUGAUGGUAACAUCCCACGUAAAUGA